AAACAAUGUCAGUUCAAACAAAAAACAAAAAAACAGAAACAAUGGAGAAAAGAAGGACGGACACGAAAACUGCACUUCACAUACCACGCACAACUUGAGAUUCAACUUUCAACCUCCUUAACUCUCUCUUGUCCAGAUGCGGGAGCUUUCCCGCCAAAUCAAACAACCAGUAACAACCUCACUAACCGAACAGCCAUGGCCGCCCAUCACCAAGCCUCUACAACAUUUCCAUUGAAAUUCGCUUUCUUUAUAGCUUUCAUCUCCCUCUUUCUUCUCCAUUUUCUUAAUUUUUCUAAAAAAACCCUAACCCUAACCCCCCGAAACGAGAUCAAUAGCACCACCAAGUACAUAGUCCGUUUCACGGAAUACAAAAAGGUGGAGCAUCAUCGUCAGUAUUUGGAGUCAAGACUUAAAUCGGCUGGCUGGGAAUGGGUCGAGAGGCGAAAUCCCGCCAUGAAAUACGCGACGGAUUUUGGGUUGGUGGCGAUCGAGGAAUCCCAGAGGGAGAGAUUGAUUCGGGAGAUUGAGAGAUUGGCGAUGGUUAAAGAUGUGAAUGUGGAUUUGAGCUAUAAAAGGGAUAUACUUGGUAGUAAUAGUGGUGGUGCUUUUGUAAAUGGGAAGAAACGACCGGGAAAGAUAUUCACUUCUAUGUCUUUUAAUGAAGGUUAUCCAAUGGCGGCAACCAGUAAUUCUUCGAUUCAUUGGGGACGCCAUCUUUUGAUGCAGAAGUCACAGGUCACUUCCUUGUUUGGGGCAGAUGUUCUUUGGGCGAAAGGCUAUACUGGUGCUAAAGUUAAAAUGGCUAUUUUUGACACAGGAAUUCGAUCUGAUCACCCACAUUUCCGUAAUAUUAAGGAGCGCACAAACUGGACCAAUGAAGAUACUUUGAAUGACAAUCUUGGUCAUGGAACUUUUGUUGCUGGUGUUGUUGCUGGUCAAGAUGCAGAGUGUCUUGGUUUUGCACCUGAUACAGAGAUAUAUGCAUUUCGUGUUUUUACAGAUGCACAGGUAUCCUACACUUCAUGGUUCCUUGAUGCAUUUAACUAUGCUAUUGCCACAAAGAUGGAUGUGUUGAAUUUGAGCAUAGGUGGACCUGAUUACUUGGAUCUGCCAUUCGUUGAGAAGGUAUGGGAAAUAACAGCCAAUAAUAUCAUUAUGGUUUCGGCUAUUGGAAAUGAUGGACCACUUUAUGGAACUUUGAACAACCCAGCAGACCAAAGUGAUGUUAUUGGUGUGGGUGGCAUAGAUUACAGUGAUCACAUGGCCCCAUUCUCAUCUCGUGGCAUGAGCACCUGGGAAAUUCCUCAUGGCUAUGGUCGUGUGAAGCCAGAUGUUGUUGCAUAUGGGCGGGAAAUCAUGGGAUCGAAGAUCAGCACUGGCUGUAAAAGUUUAUCUGGGACUAGUGUAGCAAGUCCUGUGGUUGCUGGUGUGGUAUGCCUGCUUGUCAGUGUCAUCCCUGAAAAUAGUCGUAAGGACGUUCUAAAUCCAGCAAGCAUGAAACAAGCACUAGUUGAAGGAGCUGCUAAGCUUUCUGGUCCUAAUAUGUAUGAGCAAGGUGCAGGAAGAGUUAAUCUGUUAGAAUCAUAUGAAAUCCUAAAGAGCUACCGACCUCGGGCAAGCAUCUUCCCUAGUGUUCUUGAUUUUAUGGAUUGCCCUUAUUCCUGGCCCUUUUGUCGUCAACCACUCUAUGCUGGUGCCAUGCCCAUUAUGUUUAAUGCGACUAUACUGAAUGGAAUGGGUGUCAUCGGCUAUAUUGAAAGUCCACCAACAUGGCAUCCCGUGGAUGAAGAAGGAAAUCUUCUAAGCAUUCACUUUACUUAUUCAGAAGUCAUUUGGCCUUGGACUGGUUAUUUAGCACUCCACAUGCAAAUAAAGGAAGAAGGUGCUCAGUUCUCUGGAGAGAUUGAAGGCAAUGUAACUCUUAGGGUAUACAGUCCUCCGGCUCCAGGUGAGAAGGGCCGUCGAAGUAGCACUUGUGUGUUGCAACUAAAAUUGAAGGUGGUUCCAACUCCAGCAAGAUCAAAGCGGGUUCUGUGGGAUCAAUUUCACAGCAUCAAAUAUCCUCCUGGAUAUAUUCCAAGAGACUCUUUGGACGUUCGCAAUGAUAUUCUUGAUUGGCAUGGGGAUCACCUACAUACAAAUUUUCAUAUUAUGUUCAACAUGUUACGAGAUGCUGGUUACUAUGUUGAAACACUCGGUUCACCUUUCACAUGUUUUGAUGCUCAUCAAUAUGGGACACUUCUGCUAGUGGAUCUUGAAGAUGAGUACUUUCAAGAAGAGAUUGAAAAACUGAGAGAUGAUGUUAUUAGUGCUGGAUUGGGGUUGGCUGUGUUUGCUGAAUGGUAUAAUGUGGAUACCAUGGUAAAGAUGAGAUUCUUCGAUGACAAUACACGGAGCUGGUGGACUCCUGUUACUGGAGGUGCAAAUAUUCCAGCACUAAAUGAUCUUUUGGCCCCUUUUGGGAUUGCUUUUGGAGAUAAGAUACUAAAUGGUGAUUUUUCUAUUGAUGGAGAGCAAAGUCGAUAUGCAUCUGGAACUGAUAUUGUAAGGUUUCCAAGAGGUGGGUAUCUGCACAGUUUCCCUUUCCUGGAUAGCUCAGAAAGUGGAGCCACUCAGAAUGUACUGCUGACUUCUGGCAUGACCAAGGCAGACUCUCCAAUUCUUGGCCUUGUAGAGGCGGGUGAAGGUCGUAUUGCAGUUUAUGGGGACUCCAAUUGUCUGGAUAGCAGUCAUAUGGUUACUAAUUGUUACUGGCUUUUGAAGAAACUGUUAGAAUUCACCAGUGGGAAUAUUAGAGACCCUUUGCUCUUUGCAGAUUCUGUGAAACUAGAUACAGGCAUUUACAUAGAUGAUAAUCAAUUACCUUCUCGAAGAACUGAUGUGAAUUUCUCUUCAUAUUCUGCUGUUGUGAAAAAGGAUCUGAUAUGCAAGAGUGACUCCAGAUUUGAAGUGUGGGGAACUAAGGGAUACAAUCUACAUGUUAGGGGAAGGAACAGAAGACUUCCAGGCUAUCCUGUUAUAGAUCUGGGGAGAGGCUUGAAUUUUAGUGUUGACACUUCAAGUUCGAGGCGUCCAAAGUUUACCAAGAAAAGCAAGGGCGACUUGUUGGGAAAUAGUUACUGGAGCAUGCUCUAUGGAGAUGAGCUUGAUGCUCCUAGGCUAGUUGCUAGUCAUUGGCUUGUACCUGCAGCUGUGGCAGUUACUGGCCUUUUAUUACUGUUGAGCAUUUGGCGGAUUCGACAGAGGCGGCGUCGGAGGAGAAGAGGAUCUGGCUCAGGUCGGUUAAGCAAUCUGUAGCUGGAGACUGAUCAUUCCACCUGCUCUGCUCCUGAAAUGUUGUUACAAAAUCUGAGUAUUUUAUAUUGUUACACAUUAGUGAGAGUUAUUGCAGGCACUGUGAUAGGAAUUAGCUUUGUAUUGGGGUAGAGUUGAGUUGUACAUUGCUGUUGGUUCGUUCAGAUGCCUGCAAUGACACAAAUUUUUUGAAGUAACAUCUUGUAAUGCCACAAAUUUUUGAAGAGUGAAGGAAUCAUAGAUCAUUUGGAAACAGCCCUUAGGAACAA